CCUCCCGCUCGCCUGAAGCCGCUGCUCUGCCCCGCACGCUCGCUUCGAGGCCCGCAGCCGUUGCUCCGCCCCGACCACUCCUUCGCCCCGCCUGCUCGCCUCGAGGCCCUCAGCCGCUGCUCCGCCCCGGCCGCUGGCCUCGACACCCGACGCCGCCUCGCCGGAGUUUGCUCGGGCCGUCGCCUAGGCUGAGCUCUCAUCUCCUCUCUGCUUCUCUGUUCUGUUCUGGGAAACUGAUUCUGGGUGAUUCUGCAGGAAACUGAGUUUGGGGGAAGUUUCUCAAAAGCUGAUUUUGGAGACUGCGCGGCGGCUAUUUUGCGGCGGAGGAGGGGUAUGUGCAUUAUUUUGUCUCUGCAUAGUAGCGAUUUGAAUUUGAUAAGUAUAGGCAUAAGAGGGGAGAUUGGAGGCGGUGGAGAUGCAAAUCCUCUCGCGCUCGAUUACUUGAAGCGUCAGCAGGGUUGCCUCUGCUCUGCCUCGCUGCUGGUUUCCAGCACUUGCGCGAGGAGAUGCUCCACUCCAGGCUUUAGUACGGGCCUGUCGAAAUCAACAUCUUGAUCGUCUUUUCCGUGAGAAGAGUACACUGAAUUGGCCGCGCCAAUUCUCCAUACAUGGCGUGAAUGAGACGAAGACUAAUAAUGCAGCAGAGGACAGUGUCCAGACGUUAAAGACUAGUUUAACUGAAGAUAUAUGUUACAUGCCGAUAAUUUCAGGGAGCAGCCACCGUGAUGGUGCUAUAUACAAGAGAGCGGCUCACUGGGAGCAUAAUUACUUUUUUGAUAUCACUGACCGUACAGAGACUCGGUUGGAGCCAGCGCGUGCAUACGAUAUACCACGUAACAUGAUGCAGAUCUUUUCAAUGAAGUUAGCUAAAGCUCCUAUCAACAGUGGCUCAAUACAGUUAUACGGAUAUAUAGCAGCACAUGAUGAAGUUGAUCUAAGACUGAAUUAUGUUUUCAAUCGUAGCAGGGAUGAUCCCAUCACCGUGCAGCAGGGUUCUCUAAUUGAAAUGAACGGCCCUAAGAGAGCCAUCCUGUUGAUAUUUGAUGUGCUACUUGAGUUUGACAUGAGGAUCAAGAAUGGAGAGAAUGAAGAGGAUGAUUUGCAGCUGAUUGAUGGAAUCUCAGAAUUUUACGGUUUACGCAUGUCGUGGAGACCGCACGAGGUUCGCAUUGGUGGAAAUUGUGGUGCAGUCGAUACGUCUUUUGCACUUGUUCAUAAUUCAGUCGAGGCCACAGUACAAGUUAUCAUAUCAAAAGUGCAGACUGGCUUUGAUUUAUCUCUCAGUUCUACGAUUGCUCUUCUGGAGAUGAAUAAAGAAUUCCAGCUCUUCAGUGGAAAUAUUAGUGAGUCCUGUGGCUUAGGAAGCUUUGUGAUUGCUGUCACAUGGGAUACGCUUAUGAAUUUGAAGUUCAAGGUUGAUCACCAAGGCCGUAACAAUAAUAUUGAACGCAAUUGUUCCUUCAAAGCUAAGUUAAAUGGACACGCCAGCCAUCAGCUAAAUCUCGAGACUGCCUCAAUUUUAGUUAAGGUGACUUGGGCUGUGUUGCCUGCAUAGUUGAGCAGUUAACAGUAUUGUGUAAUCCUGCACUGAAUGGAUAUGUUUACUUGGGUAAAUGUUGUUUGCAGUCAUGAAUUCUGGUAUUAACUACUGUAUACCUGAUGUGAUUGCUUUCUAAGAAGAUCACUUUGAAACCUGCAGU